AUGAAGUCUCCUACUUUACUUUUUGUCUUUGUUAGUACUGCACUAGCUGUUCGCGUUUGCCGUUGUACACUCGAUGGUAAUUUCAGCCAUGAAGACACAGUAUCUACUUGCAAAGUCUUCAAAGGAAGGAUGAGGGCAAAGUACUGCGAAACCAACACUCCAUUGGAUAAAUGGAAUGAGAUGUGUUUGCAUGAAGGGAACUGCUGGAAUCAGAGUACUUAA